AUGGUCAAGGAUUCACUAGUCACGUAUAGUUGUUUGAUUGAUGGUCACUGCUUACAUGGUCAAUGGGAAGAAGCAAGACGAUAUUUUGAUGAAAUGCUGGAUCGAGGAAUUUCACCGGAUACAAUAACCUUUAAUAUAUUAAUAGAUUCAUGUUGUAAAGAUGGGAAGACCAAAGAUGCUUGUGGCUUAUUUAAAUUGAUGGACAAGUUAAACAUAAAGCGUAAUCAGAUUACUUACAACUCAGUGAUGGAUGGUCUGUGCUUAGCAGGUCGUUUGCAAGAUGCGGUGAAACUGUUUGAGUCGAUGGUAGAUAGGGGCCUUGAACCGGAUGAUAUCAGUUGCACUAUAUUAAUUGAUGGGUAUUGCAAGAACCGUAAGUUGGAUGAAGCUCUAAAGCUGUUCAAGAAAAUGAAACAAAAUGGAUUCCAACAUACAGCUUUUGUUUACACUACACUGUUAAGGGGACUAUACCGUGAUGGAAGAGUCAGAACAGCACAAAAUUUGUUUAGUGAGAUGCAAUCUUUUGGUCUAUCUCCAGACAGUGUCACAUACCGUACAGUGUUGGAUGGGUACUGCAAGAAUGGAAAAGUUAAGGAGGCAGUAGAAUUGUUUGAAUCCAUAAAGGGUACUGGUAUCUUAGCUGAUGUUAAUAUGUACAGUAUUCUUAUUCAUGGCAUGUUCCGAGCUGGCAAGUUGGAAGAUGCGAGAAAACUAUUUAGUGAAAUCCCCAAUAAAGGAUUAGUGCCCAACAUAGUAACGUAUACCACAAUGAUAACUGGCCUCUUUUACAGCAAUAUGAUAUUGGAGGCUAAAAAUCUAAUCAUUGAAAUGGAAGAGAAGGGUUGUUUGCCAAAUGCUAGAACAUAUGAUACCAUCACUAAGGGUUUUCUUAGAGCAAAGGAGACUGACAACGCAUUGCAAUUCCUUGGCAGGAUGCGCAAAAGAAAAUUUGUCCCGAGUGAUUCUGUCGUUUCCUUGUUAACAAACACUCUCUUGGCAGAUGAGCUAAAGAAUUUGUAA